AUGGGAUCUGUGCCGCCGCAUGGGCAGGGCAAUACGCCUAGCCCGGCGACACAACUAGGUCCGGGGAGCGCGAUACCGCCGUCGGCGCGCCCCGAAGCGUCGUAUACCCAGCCGCGCCCCAGCGCGCAGUACAAUAGCCCGGUCGUGACGGUGAACCGGAAUCUGGUGAGCGCGCCUAGCGGCGCGCGGUCGCCGGUCGUUGUGGCCGGGCGUCCGCAGACGCCCGGCACGCCGCCGUUUAUUAUUUCCAACUCGCUCGCGGUCGCCUCUGGGCUGCAUCCAGGGCGCCGUGCGGCGGCGCCGGUGCAGGCCGCGGCGCCGACCGCGCGCCUGCCGCCGCACAAGGACCUGGUGGAAGGCGAUGCGGAGCUUGCGGCGCAGCGUGCACACACGCGGCAGCGCAUGGACGCUGCGCUCCAAGCGCACCAGGCCGCGGCGCUCGCGCCGGACGUCGCGACGCCCUUUUCGAGUGCACAAGACGUGGUGGAGCGGCUGCUGCCGUACCACGUCUGGCAGGCGCCCGAGCACGACCUACUCACGGCGAUGGACGGGCGCCUGGCAUCGGAGCAUCCGCUCGAGGAGCGCUCCCUGUCGUUCCACGUUCCCUACAAACGAAAGCGCGGCGAGCACACCGAGGAUACCCUACACCUCCCUCCGUUUCCCAGCACGGAGUAUACACUGUCGGUGUACGCCCGCCGCGCCGCGCUGCUGCAGCGCUUCUCUGCGAUCCAAACGCGGUCGGAUACGAGCUAUCUACGCGCCCCCGAGCUCAACGCGUCGCUCGAGCAGCUCGAGCGGCUGGUGUACGAGGACGAGGUACGCGACUUUCAGGAGCUGUCCAACGAGCUGCGGCGUGCGCGUGCCGAGCUCGAAGAGGUCGAGCGGCAGCGCAACUGGCGCUUUGGCGUGCCGGCCGCCGCAUCGCUCUCGACGCCUACCCUGGACCGUAGCCGCGAGUGGUCGUCGCCGUGGGCGGCGCGGCGCUUUGCCGCGUCGCCCCAAGGCACGCCGGGCCGCGCGGACUACUCGCCCGCGGCGUCGCCCAUCACGCGCCCGUACAGCGCCGCGGGCGCCGCGCCGCGCUCGCCGGUCGUCGCCGGGAGCGCCGCGUCGCUGCCUGCGCUGACGCACGCGGUCGUCUCGCACCUCGCCGACCUCACUGCGCGCAGCACGACGCCGGCGAGCAGUGCGCCGAUAUCCGCGCCGCCGCCGCCGCUGAUGCCCGCGCAGGACGCGAGUGCGCCGGCGAUCCCCACGCAGCCGCUGCCGCUCGUGAUGCCCAUCUCGGCGGUGCCGCGCCUGACGGCGCUCGGCAUCCACCUCGUCCCUGCGACGCACCUCAUCCCUGCGCUGUCCCUCGCGAGCGCCGGGCAGUCUGUUGCGCUGAACCCCGGGCUGACUGCGCCGCGCCCCGUGGUCGGUGUGCAAAAUGAGCCGGUGCUACUGGUCGGCAUUACCGACGCGCCCGGCCCCGGUGCGGUGGGCACGAACGGCGUCUCGCGGCAGCGGCUGCACCUCUCGGUCGUCCUCGCAAAGCUGCGCCCCGAGCAGCUGAGCGGCCUCGCAGCGCUGAUGCAGGCGCUCCAGGCAGAAGAGUCGGGGGAAGCCGGUCCAGCACGGUCGUAG